UUUUUAGCAGAUUUCUGCUAAAAAUAGCAGACUGCUAAAAAUAGCAGAUUUUACCAUAGUUUCCCCGACUGAUUCUUAUAAUUUAUUAAAAAAUGAAAAUUAUGAGUUUAGGUCACACUAAGGUUCAGAUAUAAAUUGAAUAUGUUAGAGGAUUGGGACAACGUGAAAUAAGGCAUUACAAGCUCGUAUAUCAUCAGUUAUGAGUGUUAUUUAUAACUACAGAGCAAUACUGUUGUACAUAUUUGAAAGGAACAGUCGAAGAUUAGCAUCAUUCAAGGACUGCAUCUUGGAUCAAUUUGGCUAUAAGGAUGUGAAUGGACUAGUUGCAAUUAAACAAGACAUUGCAGCUGAUUCAAUUCUUAUUUGCAAAGCAUCAUCAUCAGAAACUGAAGCACUGAGGAAAGAUGGAUGGACUGUAUCACUUCUUCAGCACAACACCUGCUGUCCGGUGCUGUACAUGACGCCGCGCGUGCGCGACUCCCUGCCGCCGGAGAUCGCCGGCCGAGGCGUCAACGUCGGCAUCUGCGUGAUGGUGGAGAGCGCCGACCGGGCCGUGCUGCUCACCUGCCGGUCGGCGCACAUGCGCACCUUCGCCGGCGCCUGGGUGCCGCCCGGCGGUCACAUAGAGGCGGGUGAGACAAUUGUCGAGGCGGGGCUGCGGGAGCUGUUCGAGGAGACGGGUCUGGACCUCCGCGACUCCCGGCUGGUGGUGGAGACACUCGGUCUCUGGGAGUCGGUAUACCCACACCUGCUGAGUGCCGGUGACCCGCGCCGACACCACCUGGUCGUCUACCUGCACGUGCUGGUGCCGCAGCCGGCCGACCAGAUCCUCCGGCGGCUGAAGCUGGACCCCGAGGAGGUGCAGGCGGCCAUGUUCCUGACGAGCGAGCUGGUCUCCAGCAUCGUGGCCAGCAGCGCCACCCUGCAGCAGGGACCGGCCUCCUCCUACGAGGUUCUGGUCGUCGACGAACAAAGAGACUCCGGUCAGACCGUGGUGCAGAUCGACUCUACCUCCGUGUACCAGCGCACGACCGCCUGUCGGCCGCGCGACAUCGCGCUCCGCUCGGAGCGCAUCACCUUCGGCACCCACUUCGCACUGGAGCGCUGGCUGCAGCGGGCGCAGCAGCGCAGCUCUCUGUGACGUGCCGCCCGGGGCCCGCCCGGUCUGGUGGCCGGCCCGCCCUGGCUGUGAGGCGGCGCCGGCCGACCGACGGUGGACCCCGGGCAGACGGCGCCAACGGGCAGAAUGUGGGCGACUAUCAAAACUGGGGAGGUGUGUGCAGUGCCUUAGAUGUGAUAUUUGUGGGAGUAGUGCUGUGUGUUUGUGUAUGUGUUUGUGUGGGGGGGAAGGAGGGGGAAUAAGGGCAAGAUGAUGGAGAUUUCUACAACACACGAUUUAGGAAGCACCUACAUCCAGUGCUCACUUUGCUAUAUGUCGUUCGACGUUCGUUAUUAAAAGGGUCGCCAUUUCCCGUAAACAGCUCAGUUAUUGAUGAACAAUCUACGAGAUUUUGCAUUACCGGCUUUUUGGCAAUGCUUAUAUGGUUAUCAUGAUAAUCAGAGUCGUAUCUAUUCGCAACUGAUGCUUCUGCAUCAGCUUGAGCGAGACUCUUGUUGCGUGCCCUGAAAUUUGUCACAUAGCCGUUGGUAUUUUUGCUUGUAGCGGCCGGGGCAUUCGUGCUUGAACAGUUUUGAUGUGUUAUUUUGCGCUUAUGUC